ACAGAAAUGUGUUUUUAAAUUGAUUAUAACGAUAUUGAGCUAAAAACAAAAAAAUCGAUACAAAUUCCUAAACCUGCAGAAUAAUGCCAGUUUCUUUGACAAGUGUCUGAUUUCACCACGAUGCUUCACAUUUGUAUUAUGUAUUAUCGCCAGGGACAAUUUAUUAAAAAAGGAAAAUACAGUCGAACCUGUUCGGACGACCACCUGUCCAAGACAAUUAUCUGUACAAACGACCACUUCGAACAGCCCUGGUGAUUUUUUCUGUUAUAAUGACAGUUCCUAGAGAACCGUUUGUCUAUAAGGUUCACUCCCUCCCCUCCCCCCCCCCCCCCCGACUAUUGAAGGUCGUCUUGGAUGAGUCAACUGUACAUGAAUUGGCACUGUGACUUUUGGAAAGUCGACAAGGCAACAGCCUAACUAAAGCUAAAGACACACGACUUUUUGAUUCACUAUACCCAUGUCUCAUUGGUUCUCAUAUGUCUUAUAACUUUCUUUCCCUCUUCCUAUCAGGGGCAACAUCAUGAAUUUCUCCCACAUAGAUGGCACGACCAUGGCUCCGGUCCUCAACCCCCCGUCCCCCACAGGCUUCAUCACAAACGCCGAGGUCAAGCUGGUCAGUGGCUUCAAUAGCAUCCCGUUGUUGCUGUGCUGUGUCUUCGGUAUCCCAGCCAACGCCUUGACCAUCCGCGCCUUCCUCAGACUCGGCGCUCGUGACAACGCUAGUAUCUCCUUUCUACACAUGGCCGUCUCCGAUAUGCUGCAUAACUGCACUAUUGUGAUCCGCGUCUGCACCGAGGUCCUGGGUCUUUUAAAGCGGCGAGCAGGAGUCAAACUAGCUCUACCAUUAUUACCCUUCAUCGUGGUCAACUUGAACCUCAGAGAAAUGUUUCUCACAAUAUCUGCGCUGACUACUACUUUCUUAGCUAUCGCUAGGUGUAUGGGCGUAGCGAGACCGCUUCAGUUUAAGGACAUGUUCACCCGACCACGUACUAUUAUCCUUCUUGUCCUUUUCGAUGUCUUUUCUUUUGCGAGUUUCUUUCCUGUUAUCUGUACGGUUGGCAUCGUUUAUAUCUGGAACCCUAAGACAAACACCAGCAAAGCCGCGACCUGGUUCGCUGAGGGCAGGGAGGAGGCGGGACGCUACGUGCACUCUCUGGACUUUGUGUUGCCCUUGAUCACUGAGGUCAUCAUCAUCAUGUGUUUCGUAGUUAUGGUGAUCAAGCUGAAGGAAGCGUCAAGGUUUAGAAAGGCGUCUCAAAGUGCUGGGGAAAAGGAAUCGGAGAACGCCAAAGGUUCAGGCCUGUCUAGCAAAGAGGUGGCAGUGCUGCAACAAGUCUCCCUCGUCUGCUUCAUUUACAUCUCUCUGAACUCUGCCAAAGUUAUUACAGCCAUCGUCACAUUCGUUGUUCCUGGCUUCAGCCUGGGACAGCGCUACACGAACCUGUACAGUACGUUCCAUGAGAUCAGGAUGCUGUUUGAGACGCUGUGCGCGUCCGUCAACUUCAUCAUUUACUACAAAUACAACGCCAGAUUCCGAGAAGCCUGCGGGAUUGGAAGCUCCAAUUCUGUCCACGGCGAGCUUUCUAAUAAAGAAACCAGUGUUGUGACGAAGAGUAAAUAAAUUAGAAAGACCUUAGAAAAUUUUAGAUAAUUGAUCGAUUGAACCCCUCCGCCCAAAUGUCAGAACGAAGAAUUAUGUACUCACCCAAGAGUUUUGUUUUAAUUUACGCUUCUGUCCAAGACAUAAUGAUUUCGUUGUCUGAAUGCGAAAUGAAACCGUUAUCGCUGGAACCCGAUGUAUGUAUGCAUGUGUGUAUUUUCCCAUUCAGACCCCUGUCCGAAUAAAUAAAAAAGAAAAAAA